AUGACAAAGUGUGAGAGGAAGUAAAAUGGCGCUGGCCAAUCCUUGCAGAGACCAUGGUGUGCCAGGACGAUCUCCUCCUGUGCCUCGACGUCAACGGCACAAGGACGUCGCUAGCUGUGGAGACUGCACCACUGCAGACACUCUUAUUGACGGGAAUUCGACGGGUUACACGGCUACAGGCAGAUUGAUAAGCCCUGAGAGAGCCAUGGAUGAUACCCUAAAGGCCAUAUAGUUGACUGAUUAGUCAAGGAGUCCGGCCUUCUUUCGGACAUGCUGAAUGGCUGGUUAGUGGUUCUGGUCCUGGUUCUCAACCAAUGCCUCGUCCAGUGUCCGGCUGCUGGUUCACCACAUCCAAUUUGCCUCUGCAAAACCUUCUUAAACUCUUCCCUGUCCUCUGCACCUCCUCUUCGAGAGAAAGGACUACACUCCUUUUUUUCUUCAGUUAUCCCCAAUGGAUCGCAUAGAGCCUGUGGGCGGCUCUUCCGAUGCCUCUGAGGACCACCACCCGCCUUCUUCCAAUGAUGCGAUACCUGGAGGGACAACGUCAUAUCUCCGACCGCGCGCCCCAUCACUCCGCUCGCGCCGUCCAAGCAUCCGCAUCCAACGCCCACCCUCAAUCAAUAGCCUCAGUUUACAGGCGCAGGGAAAUGCGGACAACAAUAAUACGUUGAGCGCCGGCUGUGAGGACGCAUUAAUUUCUCGAAGGAAUUCUCAUAUCUUAGGGCCCGACGCUACCAGAGCCGUUCAGUAUGACGGGACACCGAAUGAUGGAACUCGCGAUGGUGGCGAUGGAGAUGAUGGCGGUGCUGUCUGGCAGGGUCGCCGGCGUAGCAGCUCCGAGCCUCGUCCAGGCCGUUGGUCUGCGUCCAGCUCGUUCGUUCCUCCGCUGUUGACGACAGGUGAUCAGACGAACGUGAUGCCCAUGUAUUCUCUGAAGGAGGAGCCGUCAAGCCCUCACAGUCCAAUUGCCGAGCUUCCUUCUUCCCAGCCCUUUUCGACAGCGUACCUUGAGCCUCCUCCACCGGUAAUUCCAAGAAGAGGAAGCCGGAAUGUCUUGCGUCGGACCAGCGAAGCAGCUCUCAAUCGAUUCUCGCGGAAUCGCGCGUCAACUGUCAAUGGCACUGUUCCUGUCACGCCGCCUCCGAAUCCGAAUGUCAAUGAAUAUCACCCUCACAUGGUAGAUGUGCUGGACGUUAUUGACCCCGAAGUAGCGGCUUUAUCUACCCUCACCAACGUGCAAAACUCUCUCUUUGUUCCCAACCUAGGUAGUUGGAUCAACCGCAUGCCCACAUAUACCCUCUCGCCGCCCAGCCCUCGCGAUGAGUCAAGUACAGAGACCGAGGAGGGUGAAGCAACUGAGACGGACACGAAGCAGACCCGUCCGACGUUAGCCCACCGCCUCUCCUCCGUGCUAGACGAGGGCCCCGAGCGCCAAUUUGCUGUUCUCCCGGAGGAAAUGACCUUGGAAGGAUGGACAAAGGAAGAGUUGGAGGAGUUGAACGAUCGGGUCAGACAUAUGUUACAUUCCCGACGUUCAGCCUUUAAGCGGUCCAUGGUUGGAUUUGGCAAAUAUGUGUCGAAACCGCUGGGGUUUUUAGUUACUCUAUACGCAACUCUCAUCACCCUUUUUGGACUUGCGUGGGUGCUUUUCCUUAUUGGCUGGAUCAAUGUGGGAGGAAGGCAACUAUACGUCAUCAAUGUCAUCGACAACGUACUUGUGGCUUUAUUCGCGGUCAUGGGUGACGGGCUGGCCCCCUUCCGAGCCAUCGACACGUACCACAUGAUCUUCAUUGCACACUACACCUUUCUAACCUGGAAGAUACGCAAGAAGCGCGACCUCCCCGCGCUCAGGGACAAGAACGACCUUCCCGAGCGCGGCGAAGCAGACGUCGACGUCGAUGUCGAGCUCGGCGACUCCCCCAAGGAUGAAAAGCACGAGUUCUCCGUGCUCAACCCCACCCAACAGCGCAAACUCAUGCACCACCAGGACAAAUUCGCCAAAUCCCAUACCUUCUACAAGCCUCACGAAACAUACACCCACCACGCCUUCCCACUACGCCUCCUCAUCGCCAUCGUCGUCCUCCUCGACUGCCACUCCCUCUUCCAGAUCGCCCUCGGCGCCUGCACAUGGGGCAUCAACUACCACGUGCGCCCCUUCGCCCUCACAACCGUCAUCCUCUGCUGCUCCAUCACCUGCAACAUCAUGGGCGGCGUUCUUAUCAUGAUCGGCGACCGCCGCACCCGCAAGAAGGACGUCGUCGAGCGCCUCUUCCGCCAACAGCUCACUGAGGAAGCCGCGAAGAAAAUGCAGAAGAACAAACGCAAGGAGGAGAUGCGCAAAUCAAUCGAGUUGAGGAAGUCAUUGGAUCAGUCGCGCAAGUCACUCGACCAACGUCCGUUGAAAGUUACGUCAUAGCCUUGACAACUUCAUUCCUCUUCCUUCCCCCUGUCUACUUGUAUUACGAAGACUACGAAUAUACCCGAUCGCUUUGGGCAUCGGUGCGCCCCGUCGCCAUGUAUUAUAUCCGCCUGUGCGAUCACCUAUUCACCCUACCUAAUUACCUGCAGUUCACAUCACACGUUAUAUAUGUGCAUUAUAAUUAUGGCUCUCAUAUAUGGCAUUUUGGAGUCGAUUCUGUCCAUGUCCGCUUGGCGUACUUGAGUGUGUUGCUAUAUAGUUUGUUUGCUUGACAACUCGCUAGAGAUCUUUCUGUCCAAGAUUCAAGGCCGUUUAGAGCGUUUGCUUCCAAAUCUUGAUGUGAUUGCUCCA